ACAGCCAUUAAACGAAUCUAUCAGUUUAACGCACAGUGGGUGUUGUCUCUACAUACACUCAGUAGUAAACGCCUCCCCCAAUGAGAUUUUAUUAACGUGUUGAUUCUUUGCGCUAUCGGCCAGUGGGUUGAUUUUUUUUUCUCUCAAGAAAAAAUCGUAACUCCUCUUUCCCACGCAAAAAUCUCAGCCGUUUUCAACUCUUUAAACAGAAUAUCACCCAGUCUCCAGCUUCUGCUGCACGCGACGUUACCACAACGCGCACGGGAGAACAGAGCUACAGAGAAAUGUUUCCCAUGAAACACUCUUGGACCAUGUAUUAGAGCUGAUUAUGAAUGAGAAGCCUCCAAACAGCACCAGCCUGUUUCUGAGUGAAGAUUCUGAGAAGCCACAGCGUGCUGAGGAGGGGCUCCACCGUCUGUGUCGAGUAUUACAGAAGCAGAUGUCAGGAAGUAGGCGAAAGAUGGGCUGCAUCACACGAGACGGCGUCAAGACAUUCCUGCGAAGGAAUGCGUUUGUAAUCUUCACAGUGGCUGCUGUGGCUUUAGGGGUGAUGCUGGGUUUUGCCCUGAGACCUCAUAACCUGUCCAUCAGGGAGGUGAAGUAUUUCUCUUUCCCUGGAGAGCUGCUUAUGAGGAUGCUUCAAAUGCUUGUUCUACCGCUCAUCGUCUCCAGCCUUGUCACAGGAAUUUCCUCUUUGGACAGCAAGGCUUCUGGGAAGAUGGGAAUCCGGGCCGUUGUCUACUACAUGGUGACUACGCUUAUAGCAGUUUUCAUCGGUAUUGUCAUAGUGAUUAUUAUCAGGCCGGGUAAAGGAAGCAGGGAUAGGCCAGUGGCCUCUAGUGGCAGCAUUGAGCCAGUGCAGGCCGCUGAUGCAUUUCUGGACCUGAUAAGAAAUAUGUUUCCACCAAAUUUAGUUGAAGCCUGCUUUAAACAGUACAAAACACUAUACAAGAAAACUUUGCUGACAAAAAAUGUCACCAUCAUGGUCAAUGCGACAGACAGCAUCAACUCUACAGAUCUCAGUCAAGUAUCCAACUUCAGCACAAUCCUGCAGACCAUCCAGGAGACGGUGGAAGAGGUGGUUCCUGUCUCAGGUUCCUCAAAUGGGGUGAAUGCCUUGGGGUUGGUGGUCUUCUCCAUGUGCUUCGGAUUAGUGAUUGGAAACAUGAAACAGCAGGGCCAGGCUCUCCGGGACUUCUUUGACUGCCUGAACGAAGCUAUUAUGCGCUUGGUGGCCAUCAUUAUCUGGUACGCUCCAGUGGGUAUCCUCUUCCUGAUUGCAGGGAAGAUUGUAGAGAUGAAAGACCUUGUUCAAGUGGGCGGACAAUUAGGGAUGUACACGGUAUCUGUCAUUGUCGGGCUACUCAUCCAUGGCCUGUUCGUUCUGCCUCUGCUCUUCUUUGUGGUGACCAAGAAGAACCCUUUCACCUUUAUUGCUGGGCUGCUACAGGCUCUGAUCACCGCUCUAGGCACCUCAUCCAGCUCUGCCACCCUGCCCAUCACUUUCCGUUGUCUUGAAGAAAACAACCAUGUGGACAAACGAGUGACACGUUUUGUGCUACCAGUUGGAGCCACAAUCAACAUGGAUGGCACAGCUCUGUAUGAGGCAGUGGCGGCCAUUUUUAUUGCACAGGUCAAUGACAUGGACCUGAACUUUGGCCAGAUCCUCACCAUCAGUAUUACAGCGACUGCCGCUAGCAUCGGAGCAGCAGGCAUCCCUCAGGCUGGGCUGGUUACUAUGGUGAUAGUAUUGACAUCGGUGGGACUGCCCACAGAGGACAUUACACUGAUCAUCGCAGUGGACUGGUUCCUGGAUCGACUCAGGACCACCACCAAUGUGCUGGGAGAUUCAUUUGGUGCUGGGAUUGUUGAGCAUCUGUCACGACAGGAACUUCAGAACCAAGAUGUAGAAAUGAACAACUCUGUGAUCGAGGAGAAUGAAAAGCCAUAUCAGCUGAUUUGUCAAGAGAACGACUCUCUCAAGCAUCGCAACAGUGAAACCACCAUGUAAUCAUUCUAAAAUGGUUAUAGGUCACAACCUAAGCACUGUUAUAGAGAACAUUUUCUUCUGAAAAUCAGAACUGGCAGAAUAAAAUGUUGGAAAGAAGACAGCCAUAUAAGUACGUUGAGAAUAUAACAUGUCAAUCCAACGUUAUUUAUUUUGAAAAAAAAAAUAUAAUAAAUAAAUAAUAACAAUACAUUCCCAAGGCAAAGUAGCACCCAAUUAAAGAACACUAUGCUAGUUCUACGAUGCUAAUUUGAGACUGUUGUUUUAGAGUUGAUGUCAUUAAACCAGCAUUAUUUCACAAUGUCUUUCACACGUAUAAGCUAUAUUACCUCAUAUACACAAACACAAUGCCAAACUCAGAGAUGUAUGUAGAGACAAAGGGGACUUUUUUGAGUUACUUUGAUGUUAUUACUGUUAUCUAACUUAUAAUGAUGACAUUUUUGUAGAUGUUUAUAUGAUAUUGUAAUCAAUUAUUUAUAUAAUGUAAUGUUUCUUUAAUGGAUUUAGCAUUUGCUUUCCUCACUGCUACGUGAUAAACUGUGAAGUAAAUAAUUUCCCCCUUAAGAAUAGCUUUUAGUAACAUCAGUUCUUGAUAGCUUAUGCAGGUGAAUGAUGGUUUAUAUAGAAUUAGAGUUUUGUUUUGUGGUGGAAUGUGGCUGUUAAUCUAUGAUUAUUUAGUGUGUUCUGGUUCUUACAGCAAGUAUAUGUUGUGCUGUGCUGUUUGAUUUAUUUAUAUUUGAAGUCUGUUUGCCAGCUUUAUAAAAUGCCCAGAUUGUGCUGCCCAUAUUGCAGCUGUGUCUGUGUGAAAUACUUGAAUCUUUACCACAGUCCCCAAAGGUUUCAUAACAGUUUACUCUCACACAAGAGUUCAGUUUUGGUAUUACAGAUUCACUUCACAAUCCACACCGGGUUUUGAUAUAUUUAUACUUUUAGUAGUGUUACGUUCAAAUUCGUAUAUUUUUGCGAGGACUGUAUGGUACUGUGGUAUGUGUUUGCUUUCUUUUGUUGUUGUAUUUUGUCUCCUGCUCUCCUUUGGCUCCUCCCACUCCUUCACUCUGGCAGGUACUGUAGCUGAUGGCGUGCCCAGCUGCACCUGCUUACCAAUCAGGAGGGAAGCAGCAUAAAGCAAGCAGAACCUUUAUCCAAAGCAUGAUCUGUGUCCUGCCUGGCCCAGUUGUUGUGUUCCUUUUUGUGGAUCGGAUGUGGUGACUUUUUGCAUUUUCCUUUUGUUUUGGCUUACUGUUGCUUUAUUGAGAGACGUUCCAGUCUAUAACCUUUGCUUUACCGUUUCAGCAGAAAUGCAAAUGUUUAAACUUUAGCACCCCCCCCCCCCUUUAUUUUGUCAUUGCCACUUCUAAAUUCUAUUUUUCCUCCCCAAACUUUUAAAACUGUUAAAAAGAAUACUGUCGUGGUGCUGUGGCAGGGCCCAGAUAAAUGCUCUAUGUUCUGAACACACUCAUAGGACGUAACAGUACAGAUUAUUAAAUGCAAACUAAAGUAUGUGAAAAUGGUGUUAUGUUGUUUCAUAUUUAUUUAAGAAUUUAUAUAAUAAUAUGGUACAAUUUUGUUAAGUUUUUUUGAGGUAAUGGUACAGUGUGUGCAUAUUUUUGGCUUGAUUUUUUUGGUAUUUUGAAUUCUGGAAAGUGUUGAAUAAAUGAAUAUGAUGAAUAAAUGUCUCAGGAAUAAAAAUGCUCAUUUUA